AUGGCGGUGGCCGAAGCAAAGGGUCGAGACUGUCCAGACUUCUCUGCGCUGCCCGAAGGAUGCAUCGCCACCGUCGUCUCCUUCACGAGCCCCCCCGACGCCUGCAGGCUCGCGUCCGUCUCGUCCAUUUUCAAGUCAGCGUGCGAUUCCGACGCGGUCUGGGCGUCGUUCUUGCCGCCGGACUGGCUCCCGAUGGUCUCACGGAGCGCUUCGUCGCUGAAGGAGCUCUACUUCAGCCUCUGCGACGACCCAGUUCUCGUCGGCGAUGGCACAAUGGGAGUUGUGAAGAGAUGUUUGCUGAAUUCAUGGAGGUUUGCAGAAGUUGCUGAACUCAUCAAAGUAUUGUGGCUCGAAAUCAGAGGCACGAUUAGUUCUCGCAUGCUGUCGCCCAGAACCCUUUAUGCAGCGUAUUUGGUAUUCAAAUUAACUGGGAAUUAUAAUGGAUUUGAACUACCGCGUUUUGAGGUUGGAGCUGGAUUUGUUGGUGAUGAAGCGGGCAAGCGUGAGCGCUCUGUUGUCUAUUUAUCCAGAUCGUAUGCAUCUGUUAGGCUAUGCCGCUGGGACAUAAUUCCAAUAUUACCUGAAGAGAGACGAGAUGGGUGGUCGGAGAUAGAGUUAGGUGAGUUCUUGACGAAGGAUGUACAGGAUGGGGAGGUUGAAAUGAGUGUCCAGGAUGCGAGGGGUAAUAGAUGGAUGGUUGGGCUGGUGGUGGAAGGAAUCGAAAUUAGGCCCAAGGACAGGAAAUAA